AUGGAUCUCAAAGAAACAUUUGACAAGGUCAAUGGUUCUAGAGUGUUAUAUCUGCACAAACAAAUUGCAACUCUGGCCCAAGGACUGUCUUCUGUGUCUGCUUAUUUUUCAAAAUUGAAGGAACUAUGGGCAGAGUUUGAUGCUCUUAUGCCCUGCCCUGGGUGUGGUUGUGAAGAAUCGAAGAAAUAUGUUGAGCACUUUGAGUACCAAAGGUUGUUACAGUUUCUUAUGGGUCUAAAUGAAACAUACUCUCAAUCAAGCAAUCAGAUCUUGAAUAUGUCUCCUAGACAUUCCAUAAACAAGGCUUACUCAAUGAUUAUCUCUGAAGAAAGCAGAAGAGCACUGUCCCAGUCCUCUCAAGUUUCUGAAGUUAAUGAAGGUACAGCCUUAUUCAGCAACAAGGGAACACCAACUGGAGCUUCAAUUCAGCUGAAUGCAAAAGGAAACCAUGGACAAAAUCACAGCUAUGUGGGAAAUGAGAUGACAGUCUUGUUUAGUAGCAAAGGAAAUGCAAGUGCUAGUUAUGGUCAAUCUGGAGGAGGAAAUCACCUAAAUUCUGGCUAUAGAUCCAAGAGAAACAACCUACACUGUGACUACUGCAACUUCAAAGGCCACACUAGGGAGACUUGUUACAAAUUGAAUGGGUAUCCACAAGACUUUAAGUCUAAACGGAAGGGUGGAUUUGGUAAUACAGUUAACUAUGCUCAGGCCAAUGCUGGCAACUAUGUGUCUGAUAACUUCACUAGCCCUGCACAAGUAGGAUCUACAGCUAACUUUGCAGGAGUCUCACAGGUGCAGCAGAUGCAGCAAACAAGUCAGAGUCUUCAAACUGGAAUUCCUCAAUUCACUCAAGACCAGUACAACCAGAUUCUUCAACUUCUAGGAAAGCAACCUGAGUGCAGUGGCUCUGCUAUGGCAGCAGGUAUGCCAUUUUGUGGUGAUAUUACUAAAAUUCUGACAAAAUGGAUUGUAGACUCAGGGGCUUCAAGUCAUAUGGUGAAUGAUUCUAGCUUGUUGAUUAAUGCUAAAUCAGUUGAUAGCAAAGGUGGAAAAGUUCACUUACCUACUGGUAGUGUUACUCAUGUUAGUCACAUAGGGUCUGUUGCUUUCCUUAAGGACCUAAUAGUGUCUAAUGUGAUGUAUAUUCCUGACUUCAAAUACAACCUUCUAUCUGUGUCCAAGCUCACAAAGGAAAUGAGAUGGGUUGUUAUGUUCUUCCCUGAUUUCUUCAUUUUCCAGGAGCUCUUCAAUGGACAGGUGAGGGGGAUUGGUAAAGAGGAAGAUGGACUGUAUGUAUUCAACUCUACUCCAAAGAAGUCAGUGGCACUACAAAGUCAAGGUCAAGGUUCAGUAGCAGACAUCUUGAAUGGUCCAAGGUAUACAUGGAUUUUCCUUCUACCUACUAAAGCUGAAGUUGUUGUUGCUCUGAGGUCUUUCUUUGCUAUGAUUAAAAAUGUACACUCAACAUCUGUUAAGUUUUUCAGAUCUGACAAUGGGCGUGAAUUCUUCAAUUCUUAUAUGUCAGAAUUACUACAAUCUCAGGGGAUUAUACACCAAAGUUCAUGCAUUUAUACUCCUCAGCAAAAUGGAGUUGUUGAAAGGAGACAUAGGUAUAUUCUAGAGGUUGCUCGAGCACUCAGAUUUCAAACUUCAGUACCAUUAAGGUUCUGGGGAGAAUGUGUGAGUACUGCUGUAUAUAUCAUCAACAGACUCCCUUCAACUGUUCUUCACAACAAAACACCUUUUGAGAUUCUGGUUGGGCAUUCACCCUCUUUACAACAUAUGAGAAUCUUUGGAUGCUUAGGCUAUGUCUCUACAGUUAGAAGACCUGACAAAUUUGCUCCUAGAGCAUAUCCUGCAGUUUUCCUUGGUUAUUCUGCUACACAAAAAGGAUAUAAAAUGUUUGUUCUUCACACAAAGGAGUUUCAUAUCAGCAGGGAUGUGGUGUUUAUGGAGGAUAUCUUUCCUUUUCAGCACUUGAAUUCUUCUACCUCUUCCUUAUUUCCUGUUUUAGAUACUUCAGCUAUUCCAUCAAGUAGCCCUGCAGAUAUUCAGUUCCAACCUGUGUCUUCUUUUCCUUCUUCUCCUAUUUCUCCCCAUUCAGCUGGUCCUUCUAUACCUCUUUCCCCUGUUGCUGCUCUUCCUGCCUAUCAUGUUGCUGCUGAUGAUUCCACAGUCCAUGAUCUUUCUGUUCCUCCUGAUGCUGAGUUACAUGAUGCCACAAGAAAGUCCAUUAGGGUCAGCAGGCCACCCAUAUGGAUGAAGGACUAUAUUGUUCCUAGUAAAGGAAGUGCCCAUUGUUGUUAUCCAUUAUCAGAUUGUGUCAGUUAUGCCAAUGUGUCACCUUCUUUUGGGGCUGCCUUAGCUGCCUAUUCAGCCAUUGUGGAGCCUAAGUCUUACACUGAGGCUGUCAAAGAUGCCAAGUGGGUUGAGGCAAUAAAGUGUGAGAUAUCAGCAUUGGAGGAUAAUCACACCUGGACAGUGGUUGAUCUGCCUCCUGGGAAGGUUCCCAUUGGAUGUAAGUGGGUGUUCAAGGUGAAAUAUACCUCCUCAGGUACAGUGGAAAGGUACAAGGCUAGGCUUGUAGCCAAAGGAUAUAGCCAGCGGGAGGGGUUGGACUACACUGAGACUUUUUCUCCUGUAGCCAAAAUGGUUACUGUCCGGUCAGUUCUUGCUAUUGCUGCAGCCAAGCAUUGGGCCAUCUUUCAAAAGGAUGUGCACAAUGCUUUCCUUCAAGGUGACCUACUUUAA